GGUUCCUUUCCUUUUCCUUCACGUCGCUCGUGCUUUCAAAUAUAUUUCCCACAUAUAUAUAAACACGCAUGUCACUCAGCUUCUUGUCAUCUUCCGCCCUUGUCAUCUGUAUUCCCCUUCGAACUUGUCAGCAUUCGAGCGAUACACGUUGCAUCUGCUCUGCACAGGGACCGGCCUCGUUGAUGACAGUAAUUUUUCGCUCACUGAAUAUUGGUGGUCUGAGUUGCAUUGAGGACCAGGGUUCGAAGAUCUCGACUAGACUCAUACAUGCGACACAUUGCCUAGAUACUUGGCUUGCAAAUUGCGUUGGUGAUAUCAUCGCGUCAUCCAAUAUUUCUCAAGUGCUGUCGUGACUUACCUUUCAAUGUUGGAGUUAGAUUCGUUGACCUGGGAGAUGCGUGUUCAAAGUGUCACCUCCUUGCGGAAUCAGAUAUCAUGAUGUUGAACGUCGCCAAUCGAGGUGACUGUUGCUAUUUCGCGCGCGCGCGAUCACCAUACAUGAAAUAAGUAACACGAAUCCGCUGCGUAAAGGCCCUCUCUCCUCAGG